CUCCGCUUCUGUCCUGGAUACAGAUAUGAGAAGUACAGCGGGGGGCUUCCACUCCCCCCUUCCUAUGUGCCUACGGUUCUGUCAGAAUUAAGUGACCGUAUGACAUUUGUGGAAAGGGUGAAGAAUAUGUUACAGGUGCUGUAUUUUGACUUUUGGUUCCAAACAUUUAAUGAGAAGUCCUGGAGUCAGCUUUACAGUGAUGUUCUAGGGAGACCCACUACAUUAACUGAGAUGAUGGGGAAGGCAGACAUAUGGCUCAUUCGAACCUUCUGGGACUUGCAAUUUCCUCACCCUUUCUUGCCUAAUUUUGACUUUGUUGGAGGACUCCAUUGCAAACCAGCCAAACCACUGCCUAAGGAGAUGGAAGAAUUUGUUCAGAGCUCUGGAGAACAUGGUGUGGUGGUGUUUUCUCUGGGAUCAAUGGUUAAAAACAUGAGAGAGGAAAGGGCCAAUGUAAUUGCUUCUGCUCUUGCUCAGAUUCCACAGAAGGUUCUGUGGAGAUUUGAUGGUAAGAAACCAGACACCUUAGGAUCCAACACUCGGCUCUACAAGUGGAUCCCACAGAAUGACCUUCUUGGUCAUCCAAAAACCAAAGCUUUCAUAGCUCAUGGUGGGACCAACGGUAUCUAUGAGGCAAUCUAUCAUGGUGUUCCUAUUGUUGGUAUUCCCUUGUUUGCGGAUCAGCCUGAUAAUAUUAACCACAUGGUAGCCAAGGGAGCAGCUGUUAGAGUGGACUUCAACACACUGUCAGCUACAGAACUUCUCACUGCCUUGCGGACUGUUAUUAAUGACCCUUCCUAUAAAGAGAAUGCCAUGAGAUUAUCCAGAAUCCAACGUGACCAGCCAAUGAAGCCCCUGGACCGAGCUGUCUUCUGGAUCGAGUAUGUCAUGCGAAACAAAGGAGCCAAGCACCUUCGCCCAGCUCUGCAUGACCUUAGCUGGUUCCAGUACCACUCUCUGGAUGUGAUUGGGUUCCUAUUGGUCUGUGUGGUAGCUGUGGUAUUCAUCAUCACAAAAUGUUGCCUCUUUUGUUGUCAUAAGACUGCUAACAUGGGAAAGAAGAAAAAAGACUAGUUUCAUGAAGCCUGAAGCAGAGAUUCCUGAGAGAUGAGCCUCUGCCAGCUGCUUCCAGUGAGAGCCUGUUGUCAGUCCAGGUGCCUUCCCUCUCAAAUAAGACAGUGUAGGGACUUCAUUGAAGAUUGUUCUCAUAGAUUCACUCUGUGUUGAAGACAUGCAAUAUUUCAUGCCAGAUAUAUACUCGGUGUUCUACAAGCUAAAUUAUGUGUUCAGUUUAGAAUGUUUGGAUGGAAUUGAGAAGCUAUGCCCAAUACAAUCACUGAGGACACUAUGGUUCACAAAACUUGCAUGAACAUAAAGCCUUUGCAAAACACCUCUAAAUAUUAAUUACUUUUACAAAUGCCAGGACUGCUAUGACUUCAUUUAGUAGUUUCUUUUUCUUUCUUCCUUGUUUUUCUUUCUUUCUUUCACUACUCAUAAAUAAUAUUCAUAUGUCACACUUUUGAAAUAAACAUAUUUUCAUCUAUA